AUGGACCUACCUCAACUCACUGUGCCGGCACCCCCUCAAGGUUCAUCCCCACAAGCUGAUCACCUCUCAAAUUUUGGCUCACAAAUGCUUCUUGCAAGCAACAGUAUCCAAAGAGCCAGUGACCUACUCGUUUCAGUCUCACUAGGUGCUGAAAUGAACAGAAUCAAAACCACUGAGCUAGCUUCUCAAGCAAUGGAAGAGCUGAAAAAACUGGCUUUGGCUAGAGAGCCUCUUUGGCAAGUUGACAUGGAAAACAACACUGAAAUACUGAGUGGGAUCGAGUAUACAAGGGAAUUUGGGGAUAUCAGCACGACAUUGACGGAGAUAGUGAGAAUGGUUGAGGUAAGAGAGUCUCAAUCUCUGCCAAACUUGGAUCUUAACAAUUCUGAAUAUUCAGUAGGAAGUAAUGAACAUAGGCCAAGGGAACUUGGAGGACCAAAGCCUGCUAGUUUUGAAGCUUCACGAGAAAUUGGUUUUGUCCAAAUGAAUCCCGCAAGCAUUAUUGAAAUGCUAAUGGAUUUGGGGCAGUGGUCACAAGCAUUUUCUACUAUCGUCUCUAGGGCAUCGAUCAUGGGAGUGUUGUCAUCCACUGGAGUGCAAGGAAACUAUGAUGGAACUCUUCAAGUGAUGUCAGCUGAAUUUCAGGCCCCUGCACCUUUAAUCCCAACUAGAGAAAGUUAUUUUGCAAGUUCUGGUUUUGCAUUUUCCGCAAAGCGUUGGGUUGCCACUUUGAUUGGACAAUGUCAAUGGCUGGAAACUUUAACGGCCACAAGAACUACUCUUGCAGCUGAUGGAGCUGAUGUUUCAUCACAAGGAAGAAGAAGCCUAUUGAAGCUUUCGGAGAGGAUGGUGAGAAGUUUUUACAUUGAUAAUAUCAGCGGUUCUGCUGAGAACAAAUGGAUGCCACUGCCAUUGGGCUGGCCAGUCUCUGGUGCUGAAAAUGUAAGGAUUUCAAUGAAGAGUAGCACAGAUGACCCUGGAAAGCCUCCAGGUAGCACAGUAGUGUUUACUACUUCCAUAAACCUUCCAUUCCCUCGUAAACAAUUAUUCAGUUUCCUUCGCGAGGAGAAAUGUCGAAAUGAGUGGGACAUGCUUGCAUCAAAUCAUGGCUUCGAUGAAUAUGCAUAUUUUGCUAAUGGCAAAACUCCAGGAAAUCGUGUUUCCAUAUUGCGAGCCUUUAAGUCCAAUGAGGUUGGAAUAUUCUACUUGCAAGCAAGUUAUACUGACACAACAGGCUCAUACGUUGUUUAUGCACCGAUCGAUAUGUAUGCCAUGACAGAGCUCAUAAAUGGUGGAAACCCAGACAAUUUGGCUAUUUUGGCUUCAGGGUUUUCUAUCCUUCCUGAUAAGCCAAUGCACCGGGACGAUACUGGCGGAAGUCUCUUGACAAUUGCCUUCCACGUUGCUGCUGGAACUUCAACUCAAGAACAUGUGUUUGCUCAUCAACAUGCCAAUCUUAUGUACUGUGUUCUUGCAUCAACUGUUGUUUCAGUUGAGGAGAGAUUACAAUCUACCUAA